GGAGCAGUAGAGGAGCGGAAUGGAGGAGGACAAGCAGAACCCGGAGCACCGGAGCAACAAGGUCCGGAGAAGACAAGCAGCAGGCUCGUCCUCUGAUAGCAGCGAUGUUGAGAAACAGAGAGGAAGAGAUGGGGUCAAGCAUCACAGCUGUCAGCACUGUGACAAAUCCUUCUCAUCAUCUGGAAACUUAAAGGUUCACGAAAGAAUUCACACCGGAGAAAAACCAUACAGCUGUGAUCAGUGUGGGAAAACUUUCACUCGGUCAGAUAAACUAAGAGUCCACCGACGUGUCCACACCGGAGAAAAACCGUACCGCUGUGAACAAUGUGGGAAAAGUUUUUCUCAUAGUGACAACCUUAAAGUCCACCAGCGCAUUCACACGGGAGAGAAACCAUACAGCUGUGACCAGUGUGAGAAAACUUUCAUCACUAAAAGUAACCUAGAAAUCCACAGUCGCUCUCACACUGGAGAGAAACCUUAUGAGUGUGGCCAGUGUGGGAAAGCUUUCAUUUUUCCAAGAAGUCUAGAAAAACACCAACGUGUUCACUCUGGAGAGAAACCAUACAGGUGUGAACAAUGUGGCAAAAGUUUUUCCCACAGCGGCAACCUUACAGUCCAUCAGCGUAUUCACACCGGAGAGAAACCAUACAGCUGUGACCAGUGUGAGAAAAUGUUCAUCACGCAGGGUAACCUGGAAAAUCACCGCCAUGUUCACUCCGGAGAGAAACCGUUUGAGUGUGACCAAUGUGGGAAAAGCUUCUCUCGGGUCAAUUGCCUCAAAGUGCACCAACGUGUGCACAGUGGAGAGAAACCAUACAGCUGUGAGCAGUGUGAAAAAACCUUCGCUCACAGUGGGAACCUUAAAGUUCAUCAACGGACUCACAGUGGAGAGAAAUCAUACUGGUGUGACCAAUGUGGGAAAAUGUUUAAUAGGUCAGAUUCUCUUAAAGCUCACCAACGUGUCCACACUGGAGAGAGACCAUACUGCUGUGACCAAUGUGGGAAAGCUUUUUCUCAUGGCAGCCACCUUAAAGUCCAUCAGCGCAUUCACGCUGGUAAAAAACCUCACCGCUGCCAGCAGUGUGACAAAGCUUUCACGUCAGCAAACCACCUGAAGAACCAUCAGCGUGUCCACACAAGAGAGAGACCCUUCCACUGUGACCUCUGUGGGAAAGCUUUUACUUCAUUAAGCAGCUUAAAAACUCACCAACGAAUCCACACAGGAGAGAAACCAUACCACUGCCAACAGUGUGGGAAGUCUUUCACUCAGUUGGGUACGUUCAAACGCCACCACCAGCGGCGACACUCAGGGGAGAAACCGUACAGCUGUAAAUACUGCGAGAAGAGCUUCAGUGAUUCCUUUUCCUGUCAGCAACACCAACGCGUGCACAUGGGUGACAAACCUUUCCAGUGUCAACUCUGCUCCAAAACUUUUGUCGCACGGUACAGUCUGACGCAACACCAGCGGCUCCACACAGGAGAGAAAUUCUACCCCUGUGAGCUGUGUGGGCGGAGAUUCAAUUUUUACACCUCAUACACUGUCCACCAGCGUAUCCACACCGGGGAGAGACCCUACCACUGUCGCUUCUGUGACAAAACUUUCACGUCAUUGCCCAACCAAGUCUCACAUGAGCGCACCCAUACAGGAGAGAAACCGUACAGCUGUGACCAGUGUGGGAAGAGUUUUAGACACAAAUCCUCCUGCGUGCUGCACAAGCGCGUCCACACUGGAGAGAAACCAUACAGCUGUCAGCACUGUAGUAAAACCUUCAAAUCGUCAGCCAACCUGUCCAGACAUGUGCGGACUCACACAGGAGAGAAACCGUACUGGUGUGACAGCUGUAAGAAACACUUCAACUUCCCCAGUCAGCUGAAGACACACCGCUGCAUCUGA